GUUCCCAAUUCUAGCUUUGAUUUGUUUUAUCUCCAGUAUAAAGGUCCCCUGCUCCAUUUCGAUCUCUCACUCGCUCGCUCACUCACUCAAAAUUGAAUCAAGAAGAAAAAUCAUGUCAGAAAUACUAGCUUCUUUAAGGUCUCUAAUGGCGUCUCAUUCUCCACCGCUUGAUGCCUUAGUUGUUCCAUCUGAAGAUUAUCAUCAGAGUGAGUAUGUGUCUGCACGUGACAAGCGACGCGAAUUCGUUUCUGGCUUUACAGGAAGCGCUGGUUUGGCGCUUGUUACAAAGAAGGAUGCCCGGCUGUGGACGGAUGGGCGGUAUUUCUUACAGGCAACGCAGCAACUUAGUGUUGAGUGGACGUUAAUGCGUAUGGGAGAGGAUCCUGGUUUUGAUGCAUGGGUGGCUGAUAAUCUACCUGUGGAGGCGGCUAUUGGGAUUGAUCCAUGGUGUGUAUCGGUAGAUACUGCGCAAAGGUGGCAACUGACUUUUGCGAAGAAACAACAGAAACUGGUUCAGACUGAAACCAAUUUGGUUGAUGAGGUCUGGAAAAGUCGUCCGCCAGCGGAAAUAAAUCCAGUUGUGGUUCAUCCGAUAGAGUUUACUGGAUGUUCGGUUGCACAGAAGUUGAAGGAUUUGAGAGCGAAACUCAAAAAUGAGAAAACUCGUGGCAUAGUUGUCACAACACUUGAUGAGGUAGCUUGGUUGUAUAAUAUUCGUGGGACUGAUGUGUCCUAUUGUCCAGUUGUUCAUGCGUUUGCUAUAAUAACAUCUAAUUCAGCUUUCCUUUAUGUGGACAAGAAGAAGGUGUCUGCUGAGACAAACCGUUAUAUGGAGGAGAAUGGAAUUGAUGUUCGAGAUUACGCUGAUGUGAGUUCAGAUGUGGUCUUGCUUGCAUCUGAUCAGCUUGACUCGACAUCUGAAGUCAAAGGAACUGAUACCGCCACAGGAAAUGGUACAACUGAAGCAGAAGGAAAUAAUAUUGACCGUAUAUGGGUUGACCCUGGUUCAUGCUGCUAUGCUUUAUAUUCAAAAUUGAAUUCUGAGAAGGUGCACAUGCAACAAUCUCCUUUGGCCCUUGCAAAAGCUCUAAAGAACCCUGUUGAGUUGGAUGGCUUAAAGAAGGCACACGUUCGGGAUGGUGCUGCUGUUGUGCAAUAUCUUGUCUGGUUAGAUAAGCAGAUGCAGGAAUCAUAUGGGGCUUCAGGCUACUUCUUGGAGGGGCAAAGUGCAAAUAAGAAAAAGGAUUUGGGAGCUAUAAAACUGACAGAGGUAACUGUUAGUGAUAAGCUGGAGGGUUUCCGAGCAUCGAAAGAGCAUUUUAGGGGGUUAAGUUUCCCAACAAUUUCAUCAGUCGGUCCAAAUGCAGCAAUCAUCCAUUAUUCUCCACAUGCUGAAACAUGUGCAGAGCUCAAUCCAGACAGCAUCUAUCUGUUUGAUUCUGGAGCACAGUAUCUGGAUGGAACAACUGACAUAACUCGCACGGUCCAUUUUGGGAAUCCAUCAACGCAUGAAAAAGCAAGCUACACUGCUGUUCUCAAGGGUCACAUUGCUUUGGGUAAUGCCUGUUUUCCCAAUGGAACUAAUGGUCAUGCCCUCGAUAUUCUUGCUCGAAUUCCUUUAUGGAAGGAUGGUCUUGAUUAUCGACAUGGCACUGGUCAUGGUAUUGGAUCAUACCUAAAUGUACAUGAAGGACCUCAUUUAAUUAGUUUCAGACCACAUGCUCGUAAUGUGCCACUGCAAUCUUCCAUGACUGUAACGGAUGAACCUGGAUACUAUGAGGAUGGGAACUUCGGGAUAAGAUUGGAGAAUGUGCUUAUUGUCAAGGAGGCUGAUACAAAAUUCAAUUUUGGUGACAAGGGCUACUUAUCAUUCGAGCACAUAACAUGGGCACCAUAUCAAACGAAGAUGAUUGACUUGACCCUUCUAGGUCCUGAAGAGAUAAAUUGGCUUAACAUCUACCAUGGGAGAUGUAGGGAUAUUCUGGCCCCUUAUUUGGAUGAAUCUGAGAUGGCAUGGCUGAAUAAAGCUACUGAACCCAUAGGGGUGUGAUUCUUGUUUCUAGUAGCCAAGGACCCUCUCAAAAAAUAAGAACGUAAGAUGAAGAAAAUUGAACUUCAGCCUGUAAUUGCGCAUUAAACUUCAUAUUUAUUUUUAUUUCACAAGAGAAUAUUUUUAAGCUCCAAAA